UUGUGCAAUUAAUUUGUCGUUGUGCAACAUUCGCCAAUAAAAAAUAAAAUGAUUUUGUAUUCAUCGCGACAUUUUGUAGCACUAGCCUUAUUUCUAGUAGCCAACAUAUUCAUUCCACUGGAUGCAUCUCCGAUCGGAUGGGAAUUUGCGGUUACACUGCGCAGCAAAAUCCUGUUCCUGGACAAGCAAAUGCAGAUAAUUGCCUCGGCAGCGCACGAAUACGAAGAACUCUCCGCACUGACCUUCGAUGAAUCCGAGGAAUUGAUCUACUUCAACGACAAGAAACAUCAAAAUGGCAGCAUCUUCUCGCUACGUCACGAUGCCACAGCCAGUUCUGCAAUUGUGGAGCAGGCGGUGCAGCGAACGGGCAACGAAUCGGUAGCCGGACUGGCCUUUGAUCCCCUCAAUCGUAAUCUCUACUGGGCGGACAUGCACAAGGCCCAGAUCUUGUUUGCCAGCAUCGAUACGCUUGCCAAGGAGCCGCCCAAGGUACUCGUCGAUCUGCAUGUGGAAGGCGGACGACCGGAUGGCGUUGCUGUCGACAUCUGUCGUCGGAAACUGUACUGGACCAACUGCAAGAUCGGUCAUGCGAGCGUGGAGCGCAUUGGAUUGGAUGGCAAGAAUCGUGAAACGCUAAUUCAGGACGAUAUUGAUAUGCCACGCGGUAUUGCGGUGGAUCAAGUAACGGAUCGUCUCUACUGGAUCGAUGAUAAGAAUGGCAUCUUCUUUGCCGUGGAGAGCUCUAAACUGGAUGGCAGUGAUCGUAAGCUGGUCGUUCAGGAUAAGCAUCAGGAACCACUGCAGUUGGCCAUCACCAGUGAUACCAUCUACUGGACAGAUCGUACUGACAGAGCGGUUUGGAGUUAUCCCAAGCCAAGCUACGAUACGCUACCCACAUCGAAUGCCACACAGAGUCCCGAUGAAGUGCUAGAACAACCUCAAGCGGCCGUCAAGCGAUUGGCCACCUGGAAGGAAGAUAUUUAUGGCAUUGUGGCGCGCACGGAUUUCUAUCAGCGUCUGCAAAAGGAUGAUAGUUGUAACGGUGUCGUUAAGAAGAUCAAGCAGCGUCUGGACAAAACUCUGAAUGCAACACGCAGUCAAAUCUCCGAACAGAUGGAUAAACUGCAGCAGGAGCAUUGUCUGAACGGUGGCACCUUUUUUGCCCACAACAAUUACUGCAUGUGUCGUUUGGGCUUCAAGGGUGCCCGUUGUGAGAUCUCCGAGUGCCACAACUAUUGUGUGCAUGGCACCUGCGAAAUCUCCGACUUUGGCUUCCCCAAGUGCUACUGUCAAACGAACUUCUAUGGCGAUCGCUGCGAAUACUACAAGUGCAAUGGUUAUUGCCUCAACAACGGUCACUGCGUCGUGGACAAGGAUAAUAGCGACCUGAGCUGCGAGUGUACCGAGAGCUUCAGUGGUUCACGAUGCGAAUUCAACAACACGGAGACCUGUGCCGCCUAUUGUCAGCUGCUAAAGCAGCAGCCCGACACACCAGUACCCAACCAUUGUUACGAUGUCUGCGAGGAAAUGAACAGCAAUGGCACAAGUAUAGCGGUUUAUAGUCGACCCAGCUUGUGCAGCUCCCCGACCGUCUUCACGGGGACUGUGAUUAUUGUGCUGGUGUCCGGCACGGUCGCCUGCCUCGCUCUCGUCGCAUUGAUCGUGCACGGACUGCGUCUCAUGUACAAACCGAAGCGGCCGCACAUCAAGAAAACGUUUGUGGUUCGCAAGCAGGCGCGUCACAAUUCCUCGAGUGAUACGCCGCUCACGAAUCGUCCGCUGGCCACCGAGCAGUGUGAGAUCACCAUCGAGAAUUGCUGUAACAUGAAUAUUUGUGAGACGCCCUGCUUUGAUCCUAAACUAGUAGAACAACAAUUUGCGGCGAGGGAUCGCAAGCCGUGUGUCAAGGAGGACAAGAAGAUUUUAAUACAUAAUAUGGAUGAUGAUCUCAUGUCCUAAGACGAUUCUGGCCAAUACAUAUACAUACAUAUGCAAUGUCGUCGUCAAUGCCGUGCAUGGAUAGGAGACAGGCGAGCUUUUAAAAAGCUGCUGUCACCCCGGCUCGGCAAACUGUCAACAGGUGCUUUACCAAAAAAAAAAAACAA